AUAACUCGCUAUAUAUUCUAAUCCGCCAAAUUAAAAACAAAAUUUCACUAGUCCAAUUUGGAAAUGAUGGGAUAUGUAGAUCAUCAAACCAAGAAUUUCGACAGUGGUUUACCCACCAUAGCUCCCCUUAUGAGAGUCAAGUCACCCCAAUAACAUCAUCAUAGUCUUCCCUCCUCCUCCAAGUCAGAAUCUCCCAAGGCAUGAUUCCUGAUCAAAAGCCACACACGGCAGACACAGAAUCUUCCUUAACCUUUGCCCUCCUCUUCAUCCCUUUCAUUCAUAUAUAACUUGUUCCUCCACCUUAUCUCUCUAUCUAUCUCCAAAUAAAUUAAGCUCCCAUUGGCCCGAAAACCACCCACUUAAAAACUCUAAAUUCCUCCAUUGAUUCAUUCAUUAACCUUUCCCUUUCCUUCAGAAAAGGUGGGGACUUUUUUUUUUUUUGUUCGGCUCAUCUCCUCCUCCAUCUUCUUCAGCCGCCGAAAAGGAAAGAGAAGACAGAAAGCCAUGAUUCGAUUUUUCAGUUAUUCCCGUUUCACUACCUUCCUCCUCCUCUGUUCUUCUCUACUCUACCUUUCCCGCCUUCCCCUGCUUCCCGCCAGAAUCAUACCCGACGCCGUAACCGUUAUACCCGAAACCCAAAACGCCACGUGGCACAACUUCGUUCGCCUGAUCGACGCCGGUAAAGGAAGCCAGCUCAGCGGCGUGGCCGACCUCAAGCGCUACUUCCACCGCUUCGGCUACCUCGAGGGUACCAAUUUCUCGAGUUUUGGAAGUUCGGGUAGUAAUUUGAAUUUCUCCGAUUUGUUCGACGGCCAAUUGGAAUCCGCCGUCUUAUCCUACCAGCGGAACCUCGGAUUGACGGUCACCGGGAAGCUUGAUUCGGCCACGGUAUCAGCAAUCAUGUCGCCGCGCUGCGGCGUCGCCGACUCGGCGUCCCCCCCGUCGCCGUCGAAGCUGCACGCGACGAAGCGGUUCGCGUACUUCUACGGCCGGCCGCGGUGGCAGAGGGGGAGCGACGGCGACGGCGACGGGGAGACGAUGACCCUGACGUACGCGUUCUCGCCGGACCACAGGGUGGGGUACUUGAGCGCGAAGGACGUCCGGCGGGUUUUCCGGCGGGCAUUCGACCGGUGGUCGGCGGCGAUUCCGGUGAGCUUCCGGGAGUCUGAGGAGUACGGGUCGGCGGACAUCAAGAUCGGGUGGUACCGCGGCGACCACGGCGAUGGGGAGGCGUUCGACGGCGUGCUGGGGGUGCUGGCGCACGCCUUCUCACCGGAGAACGGGCGGCUCCACCUCGACGCGGCGGAGACUUGGGCGGCGGCGGACGAUUUCGACGGGGUGACGUCACGGGUGGCGGUGGACUUGGAAUCGGUGGCGACCCACGAGAUCGGUCACGUGCUGGGCCUGGCCCACAGCUCGGUCAAGGAAGCGGUUAUGUAUCCGAGCCUGAGCCCAAGGAUGAAGAAAGUGGAGCUCAAAGUCGAUGACGUGGAAGGGAUCCAGGCGCUUUAUGGUUCCAAUCCGAAUUUCAAGUUCAAUUCUUUGCUGGCGUCGGAGAAUUCUUCGAAUUCACACGGCGUGGGGAUGACGGGGGUUCGACGAUCGUCGGCGGCGUGGAAUCAUUUCGCCCUGCUGGUCUGCCUCUCCGGCAUGCUCCUUUCGUGUAUAUAAAACAAUUAAAAAAAAGAUUAAUUCUUGUUUCGAGUUAGAUUAAUAGACACAAAUCACAAAGAGUUACGGGUAAAUGGAAACUUUUUUUAUAUAUUAUUGUGGAUCAAAUGAUGCAUAAUUAGACCAGGUUUUGAUUCUCAAAUGUGGAAGAAAAAAUGUUUCGAUUCAAUUUGAUCUUUCUCGAAAAGAAUACAUAAAUGAAUUGAAAUCAUGAGC